UUCCCCGCCCCGCCCCGCGCUCCACCGCCCCGGCCACUGUCAGCUCCCUCAUGGUCCGGCCGAGACACGGUGUAUGCUGAGCUGUUACCGCCGCCAGCUGCUGCACGUCCUGAGCCUUAGCUUUCCGCUGCUGACUCGCCGGCCGUUUUGCCUCUGCCCUUACCACCUCAUGAAGCCGUUGGUCGUGUUCGUCCUAGGCGGGCCGGGCGCCGGCAAGGGGACUCAGUGUACCCGCAUCGUCGAGAAAUACGGCUAUACACAUCUUUCUGCAGGAGAACUUCUUCGUGAUGAAAGAAAGAACCCAGAUUCACAGUAUGGUGAACUCAUUGAGAAGUACAUUAAAGAUGGAAAGAUUGUGCCAGUUGAGAUAACCAUCAGCUUGUUAAAGAGGGAAAUGGAUCAGACAAUGGCUGCCGAUGCCCAGAAGAAUAAAUUCUUGAUUGAUGGGUUUCCAAGAAAUCAAGACAACCUUCAAGGUUGGAACAAGACCAUGGAUGGGAAGGCAGAUGUAUCUUUUGUUCUGUUUUUUGACUGUAAUAACGAGAUCUGUAUCGAGCGAUGUCUUGAGAGGGGAAAGAGUAGUGGUAGGACUGAUGACAACAGAGAAAGCCUGGAAAAGAGAAUUCAGACCUACCUUCAGUCAACAAAGCCAAUUAUUGACUUAUAUGAGGAAAUGGGGAAAGUCAGGAAAAUAGAUGCUUCAAAAUCAGUUGAUGAAGUUUUUGGUGAAGUUGUGAAGAUUUUUGACAAAGAAGGCUAACUCUGCACCUGAAGACAUUCUUGAAAUCAUGCUUGAAUAUUGCUUUGAUAGCUGCUAUCACAAUCCCCUUUUAAGGCAAUUUUGAUCUUUCAUAAUUACAUCUCAGUUAAUGGCUGGAAAGUAUGUAGUUAAGACAAAUUAAAUUGUUUAUCUUCGGUUUUUUUGUUGUUGUUCAUCUGUCAGAGCAGUAGACAGUGAAUUUAGUUUCAACUUUAUUUUAGCUAUGGUGCUUACUAAACAAAGAAGGAUAUCAGCUAGUUUUUGUUUUUUAUUCAAAAGGAAUGUCCCUUUUACAGUCUGUGCCUUCUGUGAGCAAAACUUUUUAGUAUGUGUGUAUGUCCCCUUACUCUCGUUACAACAUGUUAGGAUUAGGGAUCUCCAGUUCUUCUUUUUGUUGCAGGUAGUAAAUUUACAACCUGUUAAGAGAAUUUGUGGACCAAAUUUCAAAGGAACUUUCUGUAUAGUUACUUCUUACAAAGUGUGUUUGGUAAAUAGACUCAUAAAAUGACUUCCUAGAAGUGUUUUAAUAUUUAUCAAAUAACUGACCAUUUCCUAUAGAAAAAUAAGAAAACUUGGGCUUUGUUUUACUACAACUUGUACAAAGUUGUAUGAUAGGGCAUAUUCUUUGCUUCCAGGGUUUGGGUUAGGGCACUGGGAUUCAGAGCCUGGCAGAAUGCCAGCUUUAUUCUGACAUAAAUCUGAGGGUAAGGGACGAGGAUCACAUCUAAUGGAUGUGUUCCUUAUGCUCUAUUAUAUAGUAUUAUUAAUGAUUAAACUGAUUUUAACAAAAUUCCUAUCAGUGGAACACUGAAAUGCAUGUACUAGAUUUAAGAUAAAUGAUUCGGUUAGAGUUUUAGUAACACUUCCAAGAUUUUUUUGUUUGUUUUUGGUUUUCUUAGACUAAAUACAGGUUUAGUGGAAGAAGAAAUGCUAAUGGUUAAAUUUCUCAUUUGUAUUCUGUUUUCUUGAAUACUUUUUUCAUAAUUGUUUGUUUAAGAAGAGUUAAAAAUCAUUGCACUUUGGUCAGAAAAAUAAUAAAUAUGUAAGUGUUUGGUUUCCUUUCUGGCUACUUUUAUUCAAUAAAUUCUAUUUUUUGUAUCAUGUUGAAGCAUUGAAAGAUAUAGCAUAAAAAAGACUAUAGAAUCCAAAGGAGUUUUCUCUUAAAUCCAUCCUUCCUUUAAAAAUCUCUGAGCAAUUUGUUUUCUUCUUACCAUUUUCUUCCCUCACUAAUGCAAAGUGGUGUCCAAGGUUAUUAAUAUGAGAUUUUAAAAAUGUAUCAUUCUCAGCACUUAUACUGUUAGGUAAAAAAAAAAACAAAAAAAUGUAUCUCAUUCUCAGCGCUUAUACUGUUAGGUAUACAGGGUUAAAUAGGGCAAGGAAUUUUGUCUUUGUAUAAUUAAAUUUUAUAUAUAAAGUCAUUGGGAAUAGUGAGGACAAUUUGACGAACGUUCUUAUAAUGUACUGGAACAAUUUAU